AUGGUGAAAUUCAAAGCCGUGAUACAAAGUCAACAAGACCUUCAUCAUCGCAUAAGCCGUACCGUGGAAAACUUCAAAAAGGUCAGUAAGGACAAAAUGACGCCACUUAACAUUAAUACACGACUAGAAAUGUUGGAAGGGCAUUGGAAAUCGUUCCAAUCUGCUCAUUCCGCGCUCGUCUCCGCUCGCACCGAAGAGUGGUCCGCUAAUUCCUAUUUCAAGGACGACUUUUAUGAAGUUUGCGAAACCUCUUACUUCGCUAACAAAGAUAAGCUCCUCGAACUUCGUCAGAAGCUCUUAUCGGAAUCGGCGCCCGCGACAAAACCGCACGACCUCUCCGUCUCGCCGGCAACCCGUAGCGCGAUCGCUCGCGCUCUGCCGAAAAUUUCGCUGCCAAAAUUCGCUGGAGACUACAGAACGUGGCUGGUCUUCCGAGAUCUUUUCCGCUCCAUGAUCAUUAACAAUUCCGACAUUACAUCCGUCGAAAAGUUACACUAUCUCAAAAACCACGUUACGGGAGAAGCAGCGCGUCGCAUUACUAACAUCGCGAUCACCGACAACAAUUUUGAUCGGGCUUGGGAAGCGUUAGUCACGCGGUACGAUAAUAAACGGGUACUGGUUUGUUCAUAUUUGGAGCUACUGUUCAGCAUCACAUCAGUCUCGCGCAAGUCCUCUGAAGAUCUCAAGGAAUUACUCGCAACAGUCCACGAAGCAAUCAGCGGCUUACGGUCUCUCGACGCUCCAGUUGACUCGUGGGAUUAUUUCCUGGUUUAUUUCAUCGUCGGCCGUUUAGACAUCGACUCUCGCAAGGCGUGGGAGCUCCAGCAAGGAUCCAUCACGGAACCUGCGACAUUCGCUGAACUCGAAGCAUUUUUGGACGGAUGA